AUGCUCUCCCUCUUCCAGAGGAUUAGAUAUCGGUUUUCUUCUUUUUUAACCCUAUAGCAUUUUUGUUUCUACUUUACAUGUAGUGAAAAAUUGAUUUUGGAAGUAGCUAGAAAGUACUUCAAAGCAAUCUGUGGAGAAGACAGCAAUGUUAUCCUGUCUUUCGUCAUUCAAGCAGAGUUACGAAGAUACAAGAAAAUAAUGGUGUUCGAGGAGACUAGUAUUGUUGGAGGGAAUACAUUAUUUCCCUCCGUACAAGUAUUGUGUAUUGAAGCUUGCCAUGACAUAAGAAGCUUAAAUGAUUUUUCUGGAAUCAAAGAUGCAACAGAUUUGAGGGAAUGUUGGAUUUGGAACUGUGAUGGCAUGGAGUGUGUUCUUUCCUCGUGGGUAAACAACCCAGUCGUCCAAACCCUUGAGUAUCUGCUUCUUUAUAAUUUGCACAAAUUGGAUGGGCUGUUUGAAGCAAACGUCAUGGUGACGUCAUCACCUCCACUUAAGGCUUUUUCAUCUCUCAAAGUAGUUUGGAUUGUGGAAUGCAAAAAAAUAAAGAAGUUGUUUCCAUGUUGGAAGUUGGCAGAAUAUCUCCAAAGUCUUGAAAGAAUCUACGUCUACGGAUGUGAAGAAAUGGAAGAAAUAAUAGGAUCAGAUCCAGAAGAAGAAGGAGAAGAAGGAGGGGACAUCAUCAAGGAGCUCAUUCUUCCAAAAUUAAAAGAAUUAAAAUUGUGGAAAUUGCCCGCAUUGAAGAGCAUAUGUAGCAGGAGGGCAGUAAUGGUAUGUGAUUCUCUUGGAUCUAUUACCAUUAGUGAUUGCAAGGGCCUAAGGAGGAUCCCUCUUUAUCUUCCCCUGCUUGAUAAUGCCCAACCAUCUCCUCCUCCUUCCCUCAUGAUAAUCAACAUAUAUCGAGGAGAACAGGAAUGGUGGGAAUCGUUGGAGUGGGACCAUUCCAAUGCAAAGGAGGUCCUUCAACCCAUGGUUCAAUUUUAUUAAUCCAUACGCGAUUCCAUCAUCGGAGUCAGAAAAGUCCGAAUCGGGGGAAUAUGCAGAAGAUUGAAAGGAAGCCAAUUCAUUCAACCAGUCUAUCGCUUUUCGUUCCAGGCUUCGAAGGAUGUCCUUUCUACUACUCUUGUGUGGAUUGUUUUAGUGUGAUUCUUGUGUUUUCAUACUGUGUGAAUUAGUUGUGUUGAAAACUGGUUUAGAACACCAUCUGUACUCUUAUGUAUUUUGCUGUAUUGUUAUAUAUCUUGGUUGUACCACGUACAUACAUAAAUGUGUUUUCAAUCUAAUCUUUGAUGAAUUAACUGGAGAGAAAGCAGGAAUUCCAACCCACAACAAUCAAAUCACCAAUUUAUUGAUUCUCUUGUUCCUCCUCUUUUGUUUUGUGAUAGCUUCUUGUUCAACAGUACAGAACUACAGAUGAAAAGGAUGCAAAUGUUGGCUUCUAAUGGUAUAGACAAACUUUGCAAGCAAAGGCAUAAAGAGAAGCGGCUAUGGUGAUGGGGGGACACAAGACCAAGAAGAAGUCGUCUGUAACACUUCAUCUCCACCAUCACUGACUCCUUUAAUCAAUUUGGACGAGUUUGACAACCAUGAUGUAGUUGUAUUAAAAGUUAAAACCAAAGAAAGCUUAUUAGGAGUCUCUUGCUCUUUGGCAAGCUGUGGUUUUUGGGCUAAAGGUAAUUGAGACUUGUAAAAGAAACUGUGGCUUAUUAAAUUGUUGAUUUUGUUGUUAAACUGAUAGGAACAGAUACUACACCUUUCAUUAUUGAUUUUGUUGUUUCUAGUUAUGUAUGAUUCUCCUGAAGUCUUAUGUUGCUGACUUCUUGUGCACAUUGAACAAGAUGAGAUCCCAGAAGAAAGUUUAGAUGGUCCCUUUCAUGUAGAAAAGGUGGAGAAUGUGGCAGCAUUUGUGUUGGCCAAAACAAAAGUGGACACGGCUACUGGGGAAAACACUUCUUGAGUUUCAUCCACCAAAGGAGAAGUUCUUCCAGCACACAAAGAUGUGAUGUGGCAUGAAAGAAGUAUGACAAGAAGACAGCACAGAUCAAAAGAAGUGUGAUUCUUGUGUUUUCAUACUGUGUGAAUUAGUUGUGUUGAAAACUGGUUUAGAACACCAUCUGUACUCUUAUGUAUUUUGCUGUAUUGUUAUAUAUCUUGGUUGUACCACGUACAUACAUAAAUGUGUUUUCAAUCUAAUCUUUGAUGAAUUAACUGGAGAGAAAGCAAGAAUUCCAACCCACAACAAUCAAAUCACCAAUUUAUUGAUUCUCUUGUUCCUCUUCUCUUUUGUUUUGUGAUAGCUUCUUGUUCAACAGUACAGAACUACAGAUGAAAAGGAUGCAAAUGUUGGCUUCU